AUGUCCUCGGCCUCCCAGGACGAUGGGGCAACGCGAGGAGCCGCCAGGCGCUCUCCCAACGGAAGUCAGCAGACCUUCGUUAACGAACCCGAAGGGGGGUCACCAGCGUCUGUGGUCGACGUCGCCGGCGGAAGGCCCGGGUCAAGCGAAGACGACGAUGACGACGACAACGGAGACGAGGGGAGCGGGACCGAAAUGGCGCGACGACACUCCGUCGUGCAGGACCUAGCGCGGCAAUACACCCAACGCUCGACGGUCGACCCUCACGGGAACCCCUGGACGCUGUUCGGGAGCGACGACCCAGGCUCGCCGCUCAACCCCCGCGGCGAGAAGUUCAACGCCCGGGCCUGGGCCAAGGCCCUGGCCAACGUGACCAACGAGCACGGCGCCGGGUUCCGCAGGGCGGGCAUCUGCUUCCGGGACCUGGGCGUGUUCGGCUACGGCACCGAGACGGACUACCAGAAGGACGUGGGCAACAUAUGGAUGGAGAUCGCCAGCCUGCCCCGCAAGCUCGGCUCCAAGUCCGGGGGCCAGCGGCGGAUAGACAUCCUGCGGGACUUCGACGGGGUGGUCGAGUCCGGGGAGAUGCUCGUGGUGCUUGGCCCGCCCGGGUCGGGCUGCUCGACCUUCCUCAAGACGGUGGCCGGCGAGACGAACGGCAUGUACGUCGACGACCGGGCUUACUUCAACUACCAGGGCCUCACGGGGCACGAGCUGCACGCGCACCACAAGGGCGACGCCAUCUACACGGCCGAGGUGGACGUCCACUUCCCCAUGCUCUCCGUGGGGGACACCCUCACCUUCGCGUCGCGCGCGAGGCGCCCCCGGGCCCUGCCCCCAGGCAUCGGCUCCGCCGAGUACUGCGACCACUUCCGCGACGUGGUCAUGGCUAUGUAUGGCAUCAGCCACACGGUCAACACCCGCGUCGGCAACGAGUAUGUGCGCGGCGUCUCCGGCGGCGAGCGCAAGCGCGUGACCAUCGCCGAGGCCACGCUGUCCAGCGCGCCGCUGCAGUGCUGGGACAACUCGACGCGCGGGCUUGACUCGGCCAACGCCGUCGAGUUUUGCAAGACCCUGAGGCUGCAGUCGGACCUCUUUGGCCAGACCUGCGCCGUGUCCAUCUACCAGGCGCCCCAGUCUGCCUACGACCUGUUCGACAAGGUGCUUCUGAUCUAUGAGGGCCGCCAGGUCUUCUUCGGCCGCGCCGACAAAGCCCGCGACUACUUCGUCGCCCUCGGCUUCGAAUGCCCGGCGCGCCAGACCACGCCUGACUUCCUGACAUCCAUGACUGCCCCCUCGGAGCGCGUGGUGCGCGCCGGGUGGGAGGACCGCGUGCCCCGGACCCCCGACGAAUUCGCCGCCCGCUGGAGGCAGAGCGGGGAGUAUGCGGAGCUGCGGGCCCAGAUCGAGCGAUACGCGGCUGCGCACGCGCUGGACGGGCCUGAGGCCGCCGCCUUCCGCGCCCAGAAGAAGUCAGUCCAGUCCAAGGGCCAGCGGCUCGCGUCGCCGUUCAUCCUCACGUACAGCCAGCAGGUCAGACUCUGCCUGUGGCGCGGGUGGAGGCGGCUCCUCGGAGACCCCGCCAUGACGCUGUUCGCCCUCAUUGCCAACUCGAUAAUGGCCCUGAUCAUCUCGUCCCUGUUCUACGACCUGCAGCCGACUACCGCCAGCUUCUACAGCCGCGGCGCCGUCCUCUUCAUCGCCAUCUUGUCCAACGCCUUCUCCAGCGCCCUCGAGAUCCUGACCCAGUACGCGCAGCGGCCGAUUGUAGAGAAGCACGCCCGCUAUGCAUUCUACCACCCUUCUGCCGAGUCCUUCUCGUCCAUCCUGGUAGAUAUGCCCUACAAAGUCGCCAACGCAGUCUGCUACAACCUGAUCAUCUAUUUCAUGACAAACCUCAACCGAGAGCCCGGCGCCUUCUUCUUCUUCCUCUUCACCUCGUUUCUCAUGGUGCUAGCCAUGUCAGGCAUCUUCAGAUCAAUCCUCUCCCAGGCCAUGGUCCCGGCGUCGUUGUUGAUCCUCGCCCUGGUUAUAUUCACCGGAUUUGUCAUCCCCGUCGACUACAUGCUCGGUUGGUGUCGCUGGAUCAACUACCUCGACCCUGUCGCCUACGGCUUCGAAGCCCUCAUGAUCAACGAGUACCACAACCGCGAGUUCACCUGUGUCUCCUUUGUGCCCAGCGGCACCGUCGACGGCUACCAGAACGCCACGGCAGACCACCGCGCUUGUUCCGCCGUCGGCGCCGUGCCCGGCCGGGCCACCGUGAACGGAGACGCCUACAUCAACUCGCUGUAUAAGUACUACCACGGCCACAAGUGGCGGAACGUCGGCAUCCUCAUUGGGUUUGCCCUCUUCUUCCACCUGGUCUAUCUCGUCGCCACAGAGUACAUCUCGGCCAAGAAGUCCAAAGGGGAGAUCCUCGUCUUCCGGCGCGGCUUCGUGACCCCCUCCGCCCCAACCGCCAAGGGCGAGGGCGACGUUGAGGCGUCCCUGUCAGGCCCCUUACCCGUGGCGAAGAACGGGAGCGGCGAGACGUCCGGCAGCGAGGGCGAGGGCGCCGGCGCCAUCGACUCCUCGACCAGCGUCUUCCACUGGAAGGACGUCUGCUACGACAUCAAGAUCAAGGGCGAGCCGAGGCGCAUCCUCGACCAAGUCGACGGCUGGGUCAAGCCCGGCACCCUCACGGCCCUCAUGGGCGUGUCGGGGGCUGGCAAGACCACGCUACUCGACUGCCUCGCCGACCGCGUGUCCAUGGGCGUGAUCACCGGAGAGAUGCUGGUCGACGGCAAGGUGCGAGACCAGUCCUUCCAGCGCAGGACUGGCUACGUCCAGCAGCAAGACCUCCACCUGGAAACCAGCACCGUCCGCGAGGCCCUGGAGUUUAGUGCCCUGCUCCGCCAACCCGCCGGCGUCCCCAGGGCCAAGAAGCUCGCAUACGUCGACGAGGUCAUCAAGAUGCUGGACAUGCGCGAGUAUGCCGACGCUGUGGUGGGCGUGCUUGGCGAGGGCCUCAAUGUCGAGCAGCGCAAACGCCUGACCAUCGGCGUCGAGCUGGCAGCGAAGCCCCCGCUUCUCCUCUUCGUCGACGAGCCCACGUCCGGCCUCGACUCGCAGACCUCGUGGGCCAUCCUGGACCUCCUCGAGAAACUGUCCAAGGCCGGCCAAUCCAUCCUCUGUACGAUCCACCAGCCCUCGGCGAUCCUAUUCCAGCGAUUCGAUCAGCUGCUCUUCCUUGCCAAGGGCGGGAGAACCGUCUACUUUGGCGAGAUCGGCCGCAACUCGAGCACUCUCACCGAGUACUUUGAGCGGAAUGGCGCCCCGCCCUGCCCGCCGGGGGCAAAUCCCGCGGAAUGGAUGCUCGAGGCCGUCGGCGCGGCUCCCAGCUCGGCCACAGACGUCGAUUGGCAUCAGACGUGGCGCGACAGUCCCGAAUAUCGGGCCGUUCAGGAGGAGCUUCGGCGCCUCAAGGCAGAGGGGGGAGGAGGGCCCGGGGGGGCAGGAGUGGCCGCCCAGGAGCAGAAGAAGCCCACGCCGGAGAGUGAUGGGGCCGCCCGCCGCGAAUUCGCCGCUCCGCUGUGGGACCAGCUGCUGAUUGUCACGCGCCGCGUGUUCCAGCAGUACUGGCGGACGCCGUCGUAUAUCUACUCCAAGUUCAUCCUCUGCUGCUCUGUUGCCCUCUUCAUCGGCCUGGUAUUCCUAAACGCCCCCCUGUCCAUACAGGGCCUGCAGAACCAGAUGUUUGCCAUCUUUAAUAUCCUGACCAUCUUUGGUCAGCUUGUGCAGCAGCAGAUGCCGCAUUUUGUCACCCAGCGGUCCCUCUACGAGGUCCGCGAACGCCCGUCCAAGACAUACAGCUGGAAGGUCUUCAUGCUGUCGCAGGUCCUGGUCGAGAUCCCCUGGAACUCGCUCAUGUCAGUCUUCAUGUUCGUCUGCGUCUACUACCCUGUCGGCCUAAACAAGAAUGCCGAGGCGGCAGGCCAGGCAGCCGAGCGCGGUGCCCUCAUGUGGCUCCUCUUCUGGCAGUUCCUUGUCUUCACCUGCACGUUUGCGCACGCCUGUAUUGCCAUCGCAGACACGGCCGAGGUGGGCGGGAACCUGGCCAACGUGCUGUUCAUGAUGUGUCUGAUAUUCUGCGGCGUCCUGGCGAGUCCCGAUGCCAUGCCUGGGUUUUGGAUCUUCAUGUACCGCGUGUCGCCCUUCACCUACCUGGUGUCGGCCAUGUUGUCCACCGGCCUGGCCAACACCAAGGUCACGUGCUCGGACAACGAAUACGUCGUCUUCAACCCCCCCGACGGCCAGACGUGCGGCCAGUAUCUGGAGGGGUAUGUGGCUGCCGCCGGCGGGUAUAUCCGGAACUCCGGUGCCGUGUCGGACUGCGCCUACUGCCCGGUCGCAGACACGAACGUCUUCCUAACGAGCAUCAGCUCCAGCUACGAUAAUAGGUGGCGCGACUUUGGGUUGGGCAUGGUGUACAUCGUGUUCAAUAUUGCGGCGUCGCUGGCGUUGUACUGGCUCGUGCGCAUGCCCAAGGGCAAGAAGAAGACCUAAGCAGGUGUGGUCUCUCGGUGGAAGCGAGACGGGGCUAGGAAAAAGAAAAGUUUUACCAUUGCUCUCCUUUGGAGAGGCAACUGGUGCCAAAGCCACAAUCCUCAUCUGUAUUUUUCUUUUCUUUUUAUUCCUUUCGUCGCACUGCUCCUCGCAUUCUCUCUCCAGGUGUUUUUUUUUUUUUCUUUUUUUCUUUUUUCCCGUCCAUAAGUUAAAGCACCCCCCUUCCAGCCACCCCUACCUUCCAGCCACCCCUACCUUCCAGCUACCCAAAAAUUCCAC